AUGUCCAUCCGCACGCAGGUGCCCAUCAAAGCGUCUGCGCUAGGCGACGCCCUCUCCUUCUCCGCGGCCACCGCGCCCUUCUCGGCCUCCGCCUGGGCGCCGCAGCUGCACGGUCCUCGCCUGCCGCUGUCGCUGCCGUCAGCGGGCGCAAACCCCCUGAGGCGCGCCACUGCGGUGUGGUGGCAGCAGCACCAGCAGCGGCCGCAGGGCACCAGCGACGACGGCUUGCUGCGCGCGGCGGGGCUUGCCCUGUAG